AAAGUGAUAUGAGUCAAAAAGGACACAGGACCAUAAGGGACAUAACUAUGAGACAGGACAAAUAGGGUCCUAGUUAGAGAAAGAGCCAAUCUCCUUCCACGCUAGAACUGUGGCUGACCUCCUCGGUGAGCUGGGGGAAUUCUGGGGUGCUCUGCACACAGCCUCAGACACUUAGCACUUGAUCCUCCUACUGCAAACUGUGUGGCAGUGAAGACAUAUAAAACUCUCUGGCUAGACCUACAUCACAGCGACAUGGACAAACGCACCAAGAAGGUCGGGACUGUCAGUAAAUACGGGACCCGCUAUGGUGCCUCCCUCCAGAAAAUGGAAAAGAAAAUUGAAAUCAGCCAACACACCAACUACACCUGCUCCUUCUGUGGCAAAAUCAAGAUGAGGAGACAGGCUGUAGGAAUAUGGCACUGUGGUUCCUGCAUGAAAACGGUGGCUGGUGGUGCCUAGACCUAUACCACCACUUCAGCAGUCAUCAAGUCUGCCAUCAGAAGACUGAAGGAAUUAAAAGACCAGUAGAAGCUCUACCAUUUGAGACAUCCCUGGUUUACAAUAAAAUGGGUUAAUUUAUAUUAAAAAAAAAAAAAGUAUAAAAAUCUUUUACGUUUAUGUGUGU